AUGCUGGAGCGCAGACGUCUCUCCAACGCACUAUUUCAGGUGGCUGAUCUAAGGAGCGAGAUUGGAAUUUCGGCCAUAAAAGAUCUUUAUGGUCUUUUAAAGAACGAUUGCCAAGUUGCGUAUCAGCCAUCUCUGCGGCCAAUUGAUGGCAGAUGCCCCAGGAAGGAAUGCAACGUCGAAAUCGACUCCUGGAAGAAACACAUUCACGAAUGUUUCUUUUCUUACAUAAACAAAUCUGGUUCCCAAACGGAGCUCCAUUGUCCAGAUCCUCUUUGCUCAACAGAGUACGACUCAACAGAGGACUUAUGGUACCACCUACAGGACGCCCACAGCUAUCCCUCUCCAAAGGCUGGUUGCCGGUUGAAAACUGAAAAGGAUCCAUUCAUGAGGGAUUAUGCGGCGCCAAAUCCUCACCAGCCAAAGCGUCGUCGAAUUCGUGAAAUCAGCACCGAUGUGAUUAAGGAAGACCCUUUUGAAACUCAGUCUGAAACGAUUUGCACCACGCCGUCUACUCUUAGCAUUCUUUCAACAAGUUGCGAUUCUUUUGAUGCGAGCACCCCUGUGCCCCCAAUUUCCGAAGAUGGUUCACACUACGCGGCAAAACAAAAAUUUCUGCAACUGGAAACAAGCGCCCUUACUGCUCUCGCAGAGUCUAACAGUAUUUCUGGGAACUUCAAAGUUGUCAACACCGGAUUGAACAUUAACUCCAUCACUUCUAUGGAGGAAACAGGGUGCUCGUCAAGCAACAAUAAUACAUCGCACCUCGAUCCUUCUUCAAACUCUAAGAUCUGCGAGCCUGUCAAGAUUCUCGGAUUCGCUGUAGAAUUGGCGGAUCCAGAUCUUCUUGGGGUGACGACGAGCCAUAACCUAUUUCCAGAUAAGGUACCUUUGCAAACAAAGAGCCAGCCAAUGGCAAUCGAUGAAGAACAAGACAUAUGGGAGGCCGAGAAACUGCUUGCAAAACGUCGUCGUGGCCGGGAGAUUCAAUAUCUUGUCAAGUGGAAAGGUUUCCCAGAUGAUGACAAUACUUGGGAACCAACGAAGAACAUUUUUGACAAGCAUCUCAUCAAGAGCUUCAAUUCUAGCAGGAGAUGACAUUGGAGGCCGAUAGCUUAAAAUCAGACCACAG